AUGAUGACGUGCCGUCUGCUGUGCGCCCUGUUGGUGCUUGCCCUGUGCUGCUGCCCGUCCGUGUGCGUGACAGCUCAAGACCCCGAUUCACCGUCAUCUUCUCCGGAGGGAACGGGUGUGGCCAGGGCGGAAGGGGGAGUAGGCACGGGCACUGGCGCGGAACCGGAAUUUGUGAGGAAAAAUGAGGAUGGGCCACGAAAUAAGGAAACUACCACGCCAAAUACAGAAGCUAUCUCCGUUGAGGUUCAGACACUAAACACGGAAGCUGGCGUGGCGGGGCAAUCAGGUUCGGUGAACACUAAGGGACAGGAUGUGGAAGAAAUCCCCGGUCCGUUACAGAAACCAGAUGCUGCCAGUGCGAGAGAGGCUGUAAAAAAAGCCAAUACGGAAAUAAAACCAAGUAAUACGACGACGACGACCACCACUACAACACAGGCACCAAGUACCACGAUCACAGAGGCGCCAAAUACGACGACGACGACGACGACAACUGCGCCAGAGGCACCAAGUAGCACGGCCAUGAAUGUGGAGGCGCCUACUACGACGAAGACCACCCGCGCGCCGUCACUUCUUCGCGAAAUCGACGGCAGCCGCAGCGGCUCUGCGUGGGUGUGUGCCCCGCUGCUGCUCGCCGUAUCCGCGCUGGCGUACACCACUCUGGGCUAA